AUGAAGCGCAUUCAUUCCACUUUUGUCGCUUGGGCAAUCGCCCAGCCUGCUAUGGCUCAAAUUGUUAUAGGAUGGUCCGGUGAUACAGGUUAUUCGAUGCCUACAGCUACUUCCACCGUCGAAUCAUCCCCGACUGCCACGGCAGAGUAUGUAGGUUCACCUGCUCCGACUGUGACACCCGCUGCGACAUAUUACUCGCCGACGCCUGCUUCACCCGGAGUGCCUUAUGUCACCCAACCGGGCGAUACAUGUACUGGAUGGGGUUGCGGAGAGGUUAUGCCGGCUUCCAUACAAAACAGCUACUAUCCCGUCGUCACUGCAUGGGGCUACCAAUCCAUGGCGUGUGGUUAUGGUUAUGCACGUGGUUCCAGUGGUUAUUGCGAGGUACUCCCUUGGUAUGAAGUAACCUUGGGUUGUUAUGAGACGACUAUCAUUCAGCAAACUACCGAAGUGUUCCAGCAAAACUGUUAUGCUCAGACUUACACCUUGACUCAAACUGAGACCGAGACAUGCACUGUCACAGAGACCAGCAUAGAGAUGUCUGUCAGUACAACCACCGAGCUAUCUACAGUCACUCAGGCGAUCCCCACUACGGUCAUCCAAACCAUGUUCGAUACAGAGACAGACGUAUCAACAGAGGUUCAGACUGCUUUCCAGACAAAUUUCGUCACUGCCACCGAAGACGUUACGGUGACAUACACCGAACUGGACACCAUGACACAGUUCAUGACGGAGACGCAGACAAUGACAGAGACUAUGACUCAGUACGCCACCGUGACGUCUCAAGUUAUGGUACCGACGACUAUCGUCUCGACCGUCUUCAUGACUGAUACUAUGACCGAGGUCCAACCUACGACGGUAGUCCAGACUCAACUUCAGACGUAUUUCUUGACUGAUACCGCUACAGUCACCCAAGAACAAACUUUAUUCGAUACAUUGACUGCAACACAGACCGAGUUGGACACUGUCGUUCAGACUGAGAUCGACACCCAGCUUAAAACUUUAUUCGACACCGUCAUCUCCACCCAACUUCAAGUCGAGACUGCUACUCAAACCGAAGUUCAAACCCUACUUCAGACAUAUACGGCAGUCUUGACCGACACCGCUACCGAAAUCCUCACUUCCACAGCCACCCAAACUGAAAUCGCCACUCAGACAGAAACUGCGACAUAUCUCCGAACCCUUCUUAACACCCUCACUGAAACUAAGCUCGGUACCGUCACCCAAACCCAGACUUCGAUCCAAACUGCAACCCUAACCGCGACCUCAAUAGAAACCUCCAUCGCGACCUCUACCUUGGAACAGACCGAAACGCAAAUUUCGACCGUCACGCAGACCAAAACGGAGGUCAAUGCAGUCGACGCGCAGCCUACGGCGUUACAAAGCUGUCAAGCCAGUUGUUCGAACGUUUGGUCGUAUUGGGGUAAAGGAGCGACCGAGACGAUGAGUUAUGGAAGUUAUCAAACUGCCAUGGCAGGGUCUGGGUACUCAGGUUCUACGGCUUAUAGUGGAGAGGGAGCGUAUGAAGCUUCGUCAGGUGGAGGAUGUGAAGGUGGAUCGUGCAAGAGAGCCAAGGAUGUUAAGAGGUUUGACGGACGUAGAGUUCGGAAGAACCUCGGACAUUGAUCAUCAUCAUCAUCUCAUCGCACUUCUCGUUCUUGUUAACGCCCUCGUGUAACGUGAGUUUCCCCACGGACCGUGGCGUGGGAGUAAAUUUGAUAAGGAAUGGGAGUGUGAUGGAGGGGAUACGUGGUGUUGUGAUGAAGUUAGAGAUGUAUACGUCGGACACUUAUAAUCGCAUGUCGCAUGGAUGAUUAUACAUCA